AUGCUUUCUAAGGUAGUCAACUCCGUAGCCACAUUACGAGACUACUCCCGAAAUCUCUUGAUUUCUCUCACAGCCGUCUUGAGAGGCAGAGAGCGCCCGAUCAUAUUCGUCUGCCAUAGUCUGGGGGGCAUAGUCUGCAAGCAGGCUCUAGUCCUAGCGCAUGAGGACGAUCACCGAUAUGCCGACAUACUCUAUGCCACUUCAGCCAUUGUUUUCUUUGGGACUCCACAUCGUGGCUCCAAAGGAGCUGAUAUUGGUAAAAUGGUUGGAAGAGUGGUCAAUAUGUGUUUACGUGCAUCACAAACCGCCGGUCUAGCUGGGACAAUAAGAAAUGACCUUCUCACCACUCUGGGGUCUAAUUCUCAAGCGCUGAGCGACCUCGCUGUCUCAUCUCGAAAUCGUUUGAGAGACUUGGGGAUCGUGACAUUCCACGAAACAGAAACCAUACCUGGGCUGUCUGAAUUGGUUGUUGAUCAGCAUUCCGCUAUCAUGGAAAUACCAGGCGAGGAUAUCAUACCACUCUUCGCAAACCAUAGAACUAUGUGUCGUUUUGAAGGAGCAACGGACGACGGUUACAGCUACACCUUGAAGGCCAUUGAUCGAUUGGCCAGAACAGCUCUCUUGAGCAGAGAGAUGGCAACAAAAGCGGAUCGGACAUCCUCCAACCAGUCCUUGAGCGAAACAGAGAAAUCCUGCAUGGUCCUUCUUAAUUCUAUCCAUCUUACAGAAUACAAAGCACUACUACCAACGCCAGUACAAGGGACCUGUAGCUGGAUCCUGAGCCACCCUGCAUAUCUAACCUGGAUAAAAGCUGAGGAAUCGAGAGUACUCUGGGUUACGGGCGAACCAGGCUGUGGCAAAACAAUGCUCUCUGCCUAUUUGACGGAUCACUUGAGGCUACGUCACGCCACCGCCUCCAAACCUCAAGUCUUCUUCUUUUUCUGCGACGACAAAAUCAAAUCGCAGCGAGACGCAAACGCUUUACUUAGAGGCAUUCUUUACCAAAUCCUACAGCAACAUCGAAAACUCAUUAGGCAUGUAAAGAGUCGAUUCGAAAUGGAUGGGCCUAGCCUCGCAAACUCAUUUCCAGCGCUUUGGGAACUUUUCCUGAAAGUAGCUGCUGAUUCAGCACCGGGUACUGUCGGAGUCAUAGUGGAUGCGAUUGACGAGUGUGAAGUCAGGACACGCAACAGCUUCCUAAAGGCAAUGAACCAACUAGUAAACGAGCGCAAGGAUGCACAUCGACAAGAUCGCAACUACAUCAAGUUCCUGAUAACCAGCCGUCCUUCGCUCGGCAAUUCACAUCAUCUCACGGAGUUGACGGAGAACAGACUACCAAUCGAGCAAAACCAGAUCAUUGUCAGCGAGGACGUGAAGUUGGUCAUCCGAAGCAGAGUUGGCGAAAUUGCGAACAAAUUUCAAUUCGAUGACGAGAUGAAACACUAUCUGGAAGAAUCGCUGUACACAAAGUCUGAUCAGAGUUUUCUCUGGUUGAACAUGGUACUCCAAAGUCUGGAGAGCAGUCCAAGGGCGUCGAAGAGAGACUUUGAAAGGUUCAUCAACACAUUCCCUCAGAACCUUGAGGCUACUUAUGGCAAAUUUCUAAGUUCAAUCCCGCCUAGGGAUCGAGAGGACGCUGAAAAAUUCCUACAUCUGCUCGUUGCAGCCUCAAGACACUUGACGUUAAUGGAACUGAAUGUUGCCUUCACAAUUGAUCAAAUCCACAAAUCCACAGUCGAUUUAGCAAAUGAUCUGCAGCUUUCUAUACGCUCGACGCUACAAAACUUUGUAGGAUCCUUCAUCCGGAUCAAGGAACUGGAUCGUAGCUCAAAGGACGAUCUUAUUGUUUCCCUUAUACACCAGUCCGCUAAAGAAUACCUUACAGACCUCGCACUCCGUUCUACAGACAGAGUGGUGCAGAGCCUCGCGGUUCCUCUAGUGGAUGCAGCACUCAGUAUGUCUCAGUCGUGUAUACGAUAUCUUCUCAUGGAGGAGUUCAAGACGGACCUGUUUGCGUCGGAAAGGACGAGCGUCGAAAGUGGCUCGCCCAAUUCAUCUCAUUUCUUACCUUUCACGGACUCCGACACAGCGGACUCGGGUGGUCCUCUCGGCCUAGACGAUCAUCUCGGCCUAGAGAACUUCUUCAAAGACUCGCAGGAACUGGAAGAGGCACAAUGUGCGCUGAUCGCCCAAGAAUACAGAUUCUUUGAUUAUUCCGCGACUCAUUGGGCAGAGCAUUACUCGCUUUGUGAAGACGUCGCCCCAAAGUCCAUCCGGGAAGCUGUCCGCCAACUGACAGCAAGCUCCAGCUGCGCUUUGACCAACUGGUUGAAAUUCUACUGGAUCAAAAACAACAUCGAGUACUCAUUCCCGGAUACUUUCGAAACAAUCGAAGUGGCCGCAUUCUUCAACUUGAGCCUGCUGCUUGCCGAGGUCAUAGAGAAUGCAAAUGUUAGAAGCGAGACAACCAAAGUCCGAGCGUUGUUCUGGGCGGCGAGAAUGUCCUCCCCGGAUUGUAUGAGGAUUUUGCUCCAGCAUGGCGCAAGCCCUAACAGCAUCGGUAUCGAUCGGCAAACACCCUUAACUGUAUCUGCGCAGUACGGGCAUCUGGAUGCUAUCCAAGUGCUUCUCGAUGAGCCAAGUACAGAAGUUGCUUUGAGAGGUAAAUCUGGAAGAUCAGCACUGUCGUUUGCAGCGGCAAACGGGCACUUGGAUAUCGUUGAUGUCCUGCUCAAACGAGGAGCGUUCAGUCCGGACGAUCAAGAUAAUAUGCAUUGGACUCCACUCUUCUGGGCCGUGCAAGGGGACUACGCAGGCAUUGUGCAAUUACUAUUAAAACAGCCGUCGGUCAAUGUCAACCAGGUCGAUAAAUCUGGACGCUCGGUCCUAUCCUGGGCUGCGGGAGAGGGCGCCCGGCGAGCUUUAAAGAUCCUUCUCAAGCAUCCUCCCGUUGAACUCAAUCUCAAAGAUGCUCAAGGUCGUUCUCCGUUGUCGUGGGCUGCAGGUAAUGGACAAAGAGAAGCGGUCAGUACUCUGAUGCACAAAACUGGUGUUGAUAAAACCACCAAAGAUAAAGACAUGCGCAACGUAAUUUCAUGGGCAUGUCAAGGCGGACAUACCGACACGCUGCGCACAUUACUCAAAUAUGGUUGUGGCGGUGUGGAUGAUGUAGAUAUUGAUAUCUGGACGCCACUACUGUGGUCACUAUUUGUUCGUUCCCCAGCGACGAUAGAAACACUCCUCUCCACUCGCCGUGUGCAAAUCGACCGUCAGGAUGGUUACGGUCGUACGGCAUUAAUAUGGGCUGCAAGCUACGGAUAUCUAGACGUGGUACAGCUUCUAGUAUCGUGGAAUGCGACUGUGCACAUCAAGAACCAUGGGGGACAUACUGCUGCGGAUGUCGCAAGAUUGGAAGGGCAAAUUGAGGUGUGGGAGUUUUUAGAGGCUCAGCAAGACAGGGCAGUAGAGAGAAGUGUGGAUCUGCGAGUGGGAACGUGA